CUACCACAACUACCACCACUACAGCCCACAUCAUUCCACCCACAGUCAUCACCACAAGCAGCCUUCAUCAUGUCUGUCCAAGAUCGCACCCAGCAGCACCUGUCGCAGCUGGACAAGCAGCUGUCCCAGUAUGAGAUCCUGAACAACUUCGAGAAGCAGACGUCCGUUCCGAAGGUCUACGUGAUCCUCGGUCUCGGCGCCCUGUACUUCUUCUUGAUCUUCUUCAACAUCGCUGGUGAAUUCCUGGUCAACAUUGCCGGCUUCGUCAUCCCCGGAUACUACUCUCUGAAUGCGCUGUUCAGUGCCUCCAAGGUUGAUGAUACUCAGUGGUUGACGUACUGGGUGACAUACGCAUUCUUGACUGUGUUUGAAAGUGCUGUCAACGCCGUCUACUGGUUCCCCUUCUACUACACCUUCAAGUUCGUCCUUGUGCUCUGGAUGGCUCUUCCCCAGACUAGCGGUGCUCAAAUCAUCUUCCGCUCCUUCCUUCAGCCAAUCUUCUCCCGCUACUUCACCCAGACUGGCUCUACCUCAGCCAACCUGCGUGCUCAGGCUGACAAGACCUUGUAAACACGCCGCAGCGACAAGACAAUCCUGAUGGUUUACGGCAUACUGACACGGCUCUGAUGCGACGUCCUCCUUGGCUACGAUAUGGGGACUGCGCUUGAUACACGGAUUACGGAUGGAACGGUAAGGUUAGCGGCGGGAUAUUGUUUCGGCUGCCCGACGGAGAGAAAUGACUUUGGUUUUUGGUCAAUUGAAUUGCGAGUGUGCGUUUCAUAGAUCGUCUGGGGUAAUGACAUGAUUUGUCCUGUUUCCACGAGAUGCCCCAAUUGAGUCUGGUGCUCUGACCGCGGAUGCUAGUCCCUGUCAUACUUGGACCUCGAGCACGCCAUUCCCACGGUAGACUCGUGAUAGCAUAAGCUUGAGCGGUGAAUGCAGGAACCAUCGGUACCGAGAUCUCUGUUAAAAGGCUCCAUCUCGCACAAAC